AAGAAUUGAUGUUAUUAAAUAAUUACUAAUUUUUGAAACCGACCAAAAUGAAAAUUACUACUCAAAAUAUCCAAGCAAAAAAUCUUUGUGAUUCGUGACAUUGUCCGAUUAACCUCACCAAAAUUCUCGUAUAGCCGUCGUUAUAUGCAUUCCGAGCGGCGGGUAGAGCACAAUCUCCGGCGACCAAAAUAUAAAUUGUUAGACAAUGAAGUCAAUAUCUCCAUUGGUUUCAGUUUCCACUGCCAAGUUCCCAAUUUCCAACUUUACUACUACUAUUUCCUGUACAAUUUCAUCUCUCAAUUUUGCAGCUCCUCCAAAGAAAACCUCUUCUAAAUUAGCUAAAACACUCUCUGCAACUCCUAUAUUAGACCCCAUAACUGCGCCAACAGCUACUGCCGCUUCCACCUCUCCCAAAAAGGUUCUUGUGCCAAUUGGGUUUGGCACUGAAGAAAUGGAAGCUGUAAUAUUGGCUGAUGUUCUGCGCCGGGCUGGUGCAGAGGUAACAGUGGCAUCAGUAGAGCAGCAGUUGGAGGUUCAAGCGUCUGGAGGCACUAGACUAGUUGCUGAUGCUUUCAUCUCUGCUUGUUCUGCUGAAACAUUUGAUCUUGUUGCAUUGCCGGGAGGAAUGCCCGGUUCUGCUCGUUUAAGAGACUGUGAAAUCCUCCAGAAGAUCACAAGCAGGCAAGUUGAGGAGAAGAGACUUUAUGGUGCCAUAUGUGCUGCUCCAGCAGUCACUCUUUUGCCUUGGGGUCUUCUUAAGAGGAAACAGACCACUUGUCAUCCUGCGUUUAUAGAUAAAAUUCCUUCCUUCCGGGCGGUGAAAACUAGUACGCAAGUCUCUGGAGAGCUAACAACAAGUCGUGGUCCUGGCACUUCAUUUGAGUUUGCCAUAUGUUUAGUGGAGCAGCUUUUUGGCGAGCCUGUUGCCAGAGAAAUUGGAGAACUAUUGUUAAUGAAUCCUGCAGAUGAUGAUCCAAAGAGACAAGAAUUCAAUGAAGUUGGAUGGUCUCUUGAUCACACCCCCCAAGUUCUCAUUCCAAUAGCCAACGGGUCUGAAGAAAUUGAAGUUGUUACCUUGAUAGACGUUCUAAGACGAUCAAAGGUGAAUGUUGUUGUGGCUUCCGUGGAAAAAUCAGCACGGGUCUUGGCAUCAAGUGGAACAAAAAUUGUUGCAGACAAGUUGAUCAGUGCUAUUUCUGACUCCAUAUAUGACUUGAUUAUCCUCCCGGGAGGAACUGCUGGGGCUGAACGGCUGCACAAGUCAAAAGUUCUGAAGAAGUUGCUUAAGGAACAAGAAUCAGCUGGAAGAAUAUUUGGUGCAAUCUGCUCUUCACCUGCAGUCUUGCAGAAACAGGGGUUAAUAAAGGACAAGAAAACCACUGCACAUCCUGCUGUUAUAGACAAGCUCAAAGACGGGGUAAAUGAUGCUCAAGUAGUUAUUGAUGGUAAACUUAUCACAAGCCAGGGACUUUCUACAGCCACACAGUUUGCAUUGGCUAUUGUGACCAAGCUUUUUGGGCAUGCAAGGGCAAGGAGCGUAGCAGAAGGUCUUGUCUAUCAAUACCCUAGGAGCUAGAAUUGCCAGUCCUGAAACCUUCGGAUUGCCCAAGUAUGUUAAGGUGGCGGCUCAAAUUGGCGGACAAUUACGUGAUGAGCAAAUUUAUUGUCGUUGAUGACUUGGUAGUUGAUAUAACAAGCCUGAGAAUGAAUUUUUCCUACGUCUGCCAAAGAUAGUAGGCUCAUUCCAAUGCAGUAGCCAAGUCAGCACUUAACUGCAAUCGGGGCAAACUGGGCGAGUAUCUCAAUACAAGAUGGUUUAUACAUUCACUUUAAUCUUUAACCUACAAUACAGAAUUUCUAGUAGAUGUUUACCUGGGAUUAGGCCGUUUACUAUCAAUCCACCAGGCAUGCAUCAGAGAGAGAGUGAUGAUCAAAGUAAUGACGCAAUGUAUGGGCAUAUUGUUCUUCGCCUUAUCUUUGUCUCAACUCGUCUGGAUGCUAUACAGCAAUCCUGCUCACAAGUUUCUAUUCUUCACAAUGGUUUGGCCUCCAGAAUCAAGAUUAUUGCCUUUAGAGCAUCAAUAAAGAAGAGUGCUGCUCUCAUGCAUUUGAGGAUGGAUCUUGUUGAACACUAUAGACAAUAGAUUCUAUCAUGGAUUUGUAUUUUUAUUCAUCUCUCUGACGAUUUCACAAUCCAUGGAGUAGUACGUUUCAUUUUCGUUCAUCCGCAUUUUGGAGACAAAUGAGUUGAUUGAAUUUUAGUUAAAGCAAGCCUUGCAAGUUGCAAGAGUAAGGAAGUAGAGUUGUUGG